AUGGACUCAGAGCACGCGUUCCCUGACAUAGGAAUUGUCAUGGCGAAGACUCGACCUGAAGACGUCAACUGGCUGCUGGAACUUCACGAAGACUUGCCAUUUCGACCUUUCAUCUACUCUCUGGACUCUUCUGUCGAGCCUGGCUGCUUGGCUCCACUUUCAAGAAGAGGCAGAGAAACUUCAGCUUACUUGUCUUAUCUCAUCGACAACUACGACUCGCUACCAGAGUAUUCUAUCUUUAUGCACGCCAAAGACGAGCAAUGGCACAACGACGUCCUUGGACAGAAAGCAGCAGAUACAAUUAAGGCUCUUCGCUUCCAACACAUCAACAGCACCGGCUUUGCCAACCUACGCUGCACAUUGUUUCCUGGAUGCCCACUCGGUGUCAAUCCUCUCGAUCCUACAGAGCAGGACAUUCGCAACAAAGACACGAGAGCUUACUUCGCCGAAAUAUACAUGGAGCUGUUCGACGUGACACGCGAGCAAAUACCGAGACACAUUGGCAACGUCUGCUGUGCGCAAUUUGCUGUGACCAGAGCUCGCAUUCUCCAGCGGCCAAGAUCGGAUUACGAAAGGAUGCUUAGAUGGGCUGACCAGAGUCGGGAGAAUGACUUUGGAGUGGGCUGGGUAUUUGAGAAAGUCUGGGAUACAGUUUUUGGAAUGGAUGCGAUCAAGUAA